AUGGCCAAGGUGAUGGAGCGGUUGGUCACAAACCACCUGAUGGCCAACCCAGCCAAAUGCCACAUUGGAGCCACCGAGGUUAACUUCCUGGGCCACAUGGUCAACACAGAGGGAAACCACCCCCAACUGGUCCGCUACCACUGGGGCUCGCCCGCCCAGACAACGUUCGAGGCCAUCAAGAGCGCGUUCACCCGGUGCCACACACUGGCCCGCAUCGAUCCUGAGCGCCCACUCGUACUCCAGACAGAUGCUAGCGCCCUGGGAACCGGAGCUGUGCUGUACCAGGUGAACGACCGCGGAGAACGGCAGGUGGUGGUCUACGCCAGCGAUUAA